CUCUUUGCAAAUUACAACAAAAAGAAAGAGUCCGAGAGCGAGAGAGAUUGAGAGAGAGUUGGGGAGAGAAAGAGAUUGAGAGAGAGAGAGUCUCUUCUCCGAGCCAACUCCGACGCUCAUUUCCUUCACAUAUACACACAUCUCGCAGGUUUUGUGCGUGUUUUACUAGGUGAAACCAUGCCUCUAUACAAGCGAAAGCCCUACCCUCUAGUUGAAAAUCCUACCGAUUUGAGCUCCGAUGAGCUCGUGUUUCAAGUUCGUUACACGGGGGAGGUUUUUCGAGAUUAUACUGAGUAUGCGAGUAGGAUUCAUUUGUAUAGGAAUAGAGUUUGGACUUGUAAGGUUACGGGGAAGAGUAAUUUGACGUAUGAGGAGGCGUUGGUGUCGGAACAAAAGGCCAUUGAGAAGGUUCAGCAGUUUCCGAGUGAAUUAAUUGCUCCAGUGCUUAGGGAUGUUCAAUUUAGCAUGCUCAAGCUAAAUGACCUUGUCAGCAAGAUUUCUGCGAAGCUGCAGGAAUGCAUGCCUGUGGGUAGUGAAUUACAUGGGAGGAAAAACAAUCGCAUUUAUCCAUGCAAAAUAAUGAAAGUACUUGCAGACGAGGCUGACAAAACUCAGUAUCAGGUAGCUUGGCUUGACAAGGAAAAGAAGGUAACUGGUAAUGAAGUUGUAGAUGGCGAUGAUUUGAUAAAGAAGAGGUUGCCUUAUAGCAGAGAUGUGCUGAAGUCUUUUAUCAGAGAAUCAACGUAUCGAAGUGUUCCCUGGGUGCUGCAUGAGGAAUUGGCACAGAAGCAUGGAAUCUCAAUAGAUCCACCUGAAGAAAUAGCUUUCAAGAUGUCCGUCACUGAUAAAAAGAGGAAGAGAAAGGAUGAAAACGAACUUGACAAUCUGGAGAGAAAUGAAAAAGCGCCGGGAAAGAGUAACCAGGAGCAUACUGUAACAGAAGUUGAUAGUAAACAUGAUGAGCCCAAGUUCCCAAUUGAUGAUCUACUGGUGCAUCCUGCUCCGGAUGAUCCAGACUUGGCUCAACGCCCUUCACCAUCCAGAAGUUUCAAGAUUCCCAUGGAUUCUGUUGGAGACUUUCUGAUGGUUUGGGAUUUUUGCUGUUCGUUUGGGAAGCUAUUGCAGCUUUCUCCAUUCUCACUUGAUGAUUUUGAGAAUGCGCUAUGCUGUAAAGAAAGCUAUGUGGUUCUCAUUGUUGAAACUCAUGCAGCUUUGUUUAACUUGCUAAUAAAUGAUGAUGAAGAAUUUCUUUCAGCAAUACAGCGAAAUAAGCGAAAACCAAAGGUCACAUUAAUCAAGUGGGCUGAGUAUUUGUGUGAUUUCCUAGAAAUGGUCGGAACUGCUGAAUUUUCCAGUCACCGAUCAACAAUUAGGCGUGGUUAUUACGGGCUUUUGGAUGUUGGUCCUAAAUUGGAAAUUCUGCGGGAAUUGGUUGCUCGAGUCCUUGAAACUGGGAUUUUUAAAGAGAAUUUGGAUGAAUUCAUCAAAGAACGGCAAACACCUGUUACAACUAACAAGGAGGAAACACUAUCUGACAGUAGAAAGAAGGAAUCCAAGGACUGCAAUAUGCUUUCUAAUGGUAUGCAAGCAACUGAAGGUCAUGGGGUAGGCUUUCAAGCCAGCAAUUCAACUGAAUUAGCAACACAACACAAUGGGGCUAUUGAAUAUGUUGAUCUUACAUUGAGUAAAAGUAGAAAAGAGAACUCCAUGACGGAGAAGGUUGAUAGUGAAGUUGCGGCAGGAGGCAUGAAUCUUUCAUCUAAAAAGGGACUUCAGAAAGUGGAGACAAAUGAUAACAAAGAUAUAAGUGAAGAACGAAGGUUAAGACAGAGGAAACAAUUUCUUAGACGGGAGAUGGAGAAAAGAAUUAUCCGCACCAGUCCACUGGGGAAAGACAGAUAUCACCAUAGGUAUUAUUUUUUCCGAGGUGAUUCGAGAAUAUAUGUUGAGAGUUCUGAUUCUACCCAGUGGGGCUACUACAGUAGGAAAGAUGAGCUUGAUUCAUUUAUGGGCACACUAAACUGCAAGGGCAUACGCGAGAGGGCGCUUAAAAAAGAGCUGGAACAUUACUAUGGGAAAAUAUGUAAGCGAAUACAAAAAAAACUGAAGGAAGACAAGGCUGUAGUGGAAGAAGCAGAUGUCCGGAGAUCAGCUCGUAUUCGUGCACCCCCCAAGGAUAACCCAGCACUUGCAUUCCUCAAAUAUGUAAACAAGUUGAAAUAAAUUAGAAUAUUCUAAAUCUUAUUGGUCAGUUUGGUUGGUAGAACUGAAGGUGGAGGGAAUGGAAUGCAAUUUUGCAGAUAAAUAUUUACCAUAUCCAUUACUUCCUCCAUCGCUUCAUAGAGAUUAUGGCUUGAGCCGAAACCGGUGCUCAAUUCCCCUCCGUACUCAAGUUUUCCGGCCAUUUUUAGUGGAAUUAGUCUUUUAAACUUUAA